AUGUCUACGUCGCGUCCCCUUCCGCCAAUGCAGCCCGGCUCCUACCGCCUUCGUUUCCUUCGCGACAUAUUUAAUGUCUUCAUCGCUCCUUCGACCAUCCUUUGGCUCGCUCUUUACACGACCGACAGGCAUCUAGGACUCUUGCUCUCCACACCGGCCUAUAUUGUGUUUAUUGUUGCUUGGGCGGUCGGGAAAGGCGCUAUUCGCAGCCUCUUGCAUGCGCGGACUGCCAAACGAUUCGGGGCCCAACAGAUUCCCCGUGUCGUGGGUAAAUGGCCCGGUAACAUUGACGUGUUGCUCCGCAUGAUGAAGGCAUUCAAGACGAGCUACGUGCUUGAUGUCUACCUCCAGCUCUUUGAGGAAUAUCAAUGCACGACGCUCAACACCCGCCUGCUGUGGAUGGACACGAUUAUCACCAUGGAUCAGCAGCACUCCAAGUUCGUGCUGGCAACGGGCUUUGACUUUUUCUGGCGUGGCUACAAACAGAAAGAGCGCAUGGAGACAUUUCUCGGACAAGGCAUUUUCAAUCGAGAUGAUGAGAUCUGGAAGAUGCAUCGCGCAAUCGUCCGCCCCUUCUUCGCCCGCGAACGGAUUUCUGAUUUCGAAAUUUUCGAGAAAUUCUCACGCAAGACCAUCGCCCUUAUUUCCUCGAUUUCAGCGCAGAACCAGCCCUGCGAGGCCCAGGACCUAUUCUCGCGACUGACGCUUGAUGCGGCGUCUGAGUUCCUCUUCGGCACCGAUCUCCAGACGCUUGCUGCUGCCCUUCCCGUCGCAGGAGAGACGGCCAUGGGGCCAAAAGGCUCGGCUACCCAUGACAGCUGGGGAGCGUUCGCCGCUGCCUUCGAGACAGCACAGCAGGUCGUCACGAAUCGCGGACGGAUUGGGUAUUUGUGGCCACUCUUCGAGCUCUUUGGCGACAAGAAUGCGAAAAAUGUGGCUGUGAUCCAAGAUUGGUUGGACCCUCUUGUUAGGCAAGCGGUUGAAGAUAAGCACCGGGCCGAAAAACUCGGCAUCUGCAGCCCAGUCGCCGAAAAAACUUUUCUGCAGCAUUUAGCUGAUAGCACGGACGACUCUAUACUCAUCCGGGAUCAGCUGCUUAGUGUAUUGCUAGCGUCUCGAGACACGACUGCUUGUCUCUUGACAUUUGUCGUUUAUUUUAUUGCUAUUUAUCCCGACGUGGGCCGAAAGCUCCGCGCUGAAAUUUUGGAGCAUUGCGGCCGUCACGGUUCGCCGACUCACGAAAACAUUAGAAACAUGAAAUAUCUUCGAGCUGUGAUCAACGAAGUCCUUCGUCUAUUCCCCCCUGUCCCACUCAAUGUCAGAGAGUCUCGCGAUGCCUGUACAUUGCCCCGCGCGGACGCAACCUACCCGUAUCAAAACCCACGUCCGUUUUAUAUGCCCGGAGAAACGACAAUCAUGUAUCUCCCACUUCUCACUCAAAGGAAUCCUGCGCUGUGGGGCCCCGAUGCCGAUGUCUUUGAUCCAGAAAGGUGGCUCGACCCGGAACGCAUGGCCAAGUUUGUAGCCAACCCGACGAUGUAUGCGCCGUUCAGCGCUGGGCCGCGGAUUUGUGUCGGGCAGAACUACGCAUAUAAUGAAGCAUCCUACUUUUUGGUUCGCCUUCUCCAAGAAUUCGACACGUUUACGCUCGCUCCCGAGGUGCAGCCACCUGGGUCGCUGCCCCCGAGUGAAUGGAAGGGGCGGAGAGGACGUCAAGCCAUUGAACGUGUCUGGCCUGCUGCCUCUAUGACUUUAUUCGUCAAGGGUGGGCUGUGGGUUCGGUUUGGUAGGACUGACCCAGACAUUAACAUCUGA